UCCAUAGAAGUCAUCUCAAACAAUCCAUCCUCUCAGUGUGUAGUAAACAACUCAUGAUCUGAUCUGCUGAGAAGAAGAUAGAGAGCCAUAUUUGCUUUAAAUUUCACCUGCACAAUAAAUAUAUCCAAAUCUUAGGCUUAACUGUGCACUGUACUGUAUUACAUAGCAAUGGCUAAGCUUGUUUCAGUCCUACUAUUAGCCCUCAUUGCCUUCUCCAUGCUUUCUGCCAUUGUUAUGGCUUCCAAUGCUCAGUACCACCUUGAUGCAUCACGCUAUGGUCCUGGAAGCCUAAGGCCCUCUCAGUGCCUGCCACAAUGUACAAGGAGAUGCAGCAAGACACAGUACCACAAACCAUGCAUGUUUUUCUGCCAGAAAUGCUGCAACAAGUGCCUGUGUGUUCCCCCUGGUUUCUAUGGCAACAAGGGGGUUUGCCCUUGCUACAACAACUGGAAGACCAAGGAAGGGGGACCAAAAUGCCCUUGAACUAUACCUAAUUACACAACCAUUAUAUCUAAUUACUACAUUAAUCACAUUAAUUUCCAAUUGUUCCACUUAUGCUUUAAUAGGCCAUUAAUUACUUCUAUGGCCUCCAUUUGUUUACUCAAAGUGUACUCUACUGUUGGCUCCUCUGGGCAAGAAAAUUUGUAAUGCCCAAGAUAGAGCUGCUUUGUUGUGCCUUUGUUAUGUUUGUAGACUAUAUUCUGAAAUGAAAUGAGUUCACUAUAUUCAUUGGCAUAAA